GCUCACCUCGUGUCCCGCGCCCCACGCACCCAGAUCAGCGGCGGAACGCGCAUUUCUUCCUCUCUAGUCCCACAGACCGGGUCGCCUGCGAGGAUCUGGGUCCGACGCGGAGUGAGGCACAGCCUGAGACAGCCCGGAGCCUGCGCCGCGGCCCCGCGAGGCCCCCGCCGCCGCCGCUGUUCGCUUGCCGUUGCCCCGGCCGGCCGCGCCCCCUGAGUCCCGAAGUUUGUAGGGACCUGAUUCGGCGUCUGGCUACUUAAGAUCUUCUUUACCACCAUGCCGCUGUACGAGGGCCUGGGGAGCGGCGGGGAGAAAACGGCGGUCGUGAUAGACCUGGGAGAGGCCUUUACCAAAUGUGGAUUUGCUGGAGAAACCAGUCCAAGAUGCAUAAUUCCUAGUGUGAUUAAAAAAGCUGGCAUGCCUAAGCCUAUCAAAGUUGUUCAAUAUAAUAUCAAUACAGAAGAAUUAUAUUCCUACCUAAAGGAGUUUAUCCACAUACUGUAUUUCAGGCAUCUGUUGGUAAAUCCCAGAGACCGCCGAGUUGUGGUUAUUGAGUCGGUGCUAUGUCCUUCCCACUUCAGAGAGACACUCACUCGUGUCCUUUUCAAGUCUUUCGAGGUUCCAUCUGUCUUGCUUGCUCCAAGCCAUCUAAUGGCACUUCUGACACUUGGGAUAAACUCUGCCAUGGUCCUGGAUUGCGGAUAUAGGGAAAGCCUGGUGUUGCCUAUAUAUGAAGGAAUCCCAGUACUUAAUUGUUGGGGAGCACUCCCCCUAGGAGGAAAAGCUCUGCACAGGGAGUUGGAAACUCAAUUAUUGGAACAAUGUACUGUUGACACAGGUGCUGCUAAAGAACAGAGCCUUCCCUCUGUUAUGGGUUCAAUUCCAGAAGGUGUCUUAGAGGACAUUAAAGUGCGCACUUGCUUUGUAAGUGAUCUGAAACGUGGACUGAAAAUCCAAGCAGCAAAGUUUAAUAUGGAUGGGAAUACUGAGCGUCCCUCACCACCCCCAAAUGUUGACUACCCAUUAGAUGGAGAGAAGAUUCUACAUGUCCUUGGAUCAAUCAGAGAUUCAGUUGUGGAAAUUCUUUUUGAACAAGAUAACGAAGAGAAAUCAGUUGCCACUUUAAUAUUGGAUUCCCUCAUGCAGUGCCCAAUAGACACCAGGAAGCAGUUAGCAGAGAACGUGGUAGUCAUAGGUGGCACAUCUAUGUUACCAGGAUUUCUCCACAGAUUGCUUGCAGAAAUAAGGUAUUUGGUAGAAAAACCAAAAUAUAAAAAAACACUUGGCACCAAGACAUUCCGUAUUCAUACUCCACCUGCAAAGGCUAAUUGUGUGGCCUGGUUGGGAGGAGCUAUUUUUGGAGCACUGCAAGACAUACUGGGGAGCCGUUCCAUCUCAAAGGAAUAUUAUAAUCAGACAGGUCGUAUUCCUGACUGGUGUUCUCUCAAUAACCCACCUUUGGAGAUGAUGUUUGAUGUUGGGAAAGCUCAACCACCUCUAAUGAAAAGAGCAUUUUCCACUGAGAAAUAAAAAUUUGAAUAAAUUCAACAUUGUGUCACUUCAAAUAUCAUAUCGAUUACAAGCAAAUUGUACAAAGUAUGUGAGAUGCUAUUAGAGACAAUUUGUGGAAAUGAAAGCAUUUCUGUAAUUACUUUUCAAUAUUUAAUUAUUUUGACUUUUAUGUAGUGGUAAAAUGGUAGCUUGUGCUUAUGAAAUGUGUUGUAUUUAUAUCAAUAAAAUACAGCAAAGCAGUUUAGUUUUGGAA